ACAUAGUCACAUGGUAUUGAAAACAGAGGUGAUUGAAAUGAUGAACGAUCUAUAAAGAUGAAAUUAAUUAAAUACAAUAUAUUAGUUUUUCUCGCUUUCAGUAUUUUCUGUGUUUAUAUCGUUAAAUGCCAAAAUGGUGAAAGUGAAAAUUCAUUUCAUGAUUAUGAUUUAAUCAGAUUAUAUAAGAAAUAUGCGGAACAUGUUAAUACAUCUCAUAGUCUUAAGUUGCUUUCUGAGGAAGAUAUAAAUCUACUAAAUGGAAUUCAAAAAUUUCUUCCGGUUUCCAUCAAUCCGGAGUUUUUAUUGGGUUUGUUUGAAGAAGCUGCUUCGGACAAGUGUGUCAAAGAUUUGAAAUAUGUGUUUCAAAGUUGUCUCUCUCCUGGUGGCUGGGCAAUGAAAAUGCUCGAUUCUUAUGGAAAGCCCGGAAGUGGUAUUUUAUUGGGGAACUUGAACUGGCUAGGAGAAUAUGACGAAUGUGUUGGAAUUCAGGCCCCGUUGAAGGCAAACGGAAGUGCCGGAGGUUUUCGUGGAAAAUACUGCACUCUUCAAGUUUCUUUAAAGUUUGGACGUUCGUCAAUUCCUGUUUCCACGGCUAUAUGUUUGCCUGAUUCUUGUAAUCCAAAUGGGACCAUCUUUAGCACGCUGCAAAAUUAUAAACUGAAUGGAUCAUUUUCAGUACUGGGGGAGAUACUGAAAUCAGCAUUUAACAAUGCGACAUUGACUUGCAAAGCCACUUCAAAGAAAUUAACUACAGGAGCCAUUGUUAUAAUAUUUCUUCUCUCCAUAUUUGCUGUUCUGGCCUUGACAGGGAGCUCCAUUACUGCUUUUGAGUAUUUUAUGAAAGCAGAGAUUUCUCAAGAAUGCGAGAAUGAUACUAUGGUUCUUGGAGUGCCAAUCAAUUCCACAGAUUUAAAAAAUAAAUCCCAAGGGAAUGCAGCCAUGUUAUAUGGUUCAAAAGGGAAGAUAGAGUUGCCUGCUUAUUUAGAAAAGUGGAAGCCAUUUCUCAAUUGCUUUUGCAUUUUUACCAAUGGCGAAAAAUUACUGAAUGUCGCAAGUUCUGAAGGACAGCUUCCUUGCCUUCAUGGAAUUCGUUUUCUGAGCAUGACCUGGGUCAUUCUCUGCCACACAUAUGGAAAUGUAGCUCAUAUUGUAAAAAAUACUGGAGAGGCAGCUGAUUAUACAGAUCACUGGACAUUUCAGAUAAUUCUAAAUGGUUUCUUCUGUGUCGAUUCGUUUUUCGUACUCAGUGGAUUUUUAGUUGGGUAUUUAUUUCUUCAACAAGCCCAGAAAACUGAUGGGGAAAUUCCUUGGCUUUAUUUUUACGUCCAUCGAUAUGUAAGACUAACGCCAGUAUACAUGAUAGUUGUAGCGUUUUACACAACUAUUAGUCCAUUUUUGGGUUCUGGUCCCCUUUGGCCUGAUUAUGACGUGGUCCAGAAUUGUAAAGAUAACUGGUGGUGGAAUUUGCUGUAUAUAAACAACUUUCAAUCUAUUAAUUAUAAACAGUGUAUGUCAUGGUCUUGGUUCCUGGCAAACGAUAUGCAGUUUUAUGUUGUCAGUCCUUUGUUCUUAAUCAGUUUGUGGAGAUGGCCUAAGAUCGGAUAUUCCUUGGUGGGCCUGUUCUUCAGCAUCACUUUUGUCUGUAAUUUUGCACUUACUUAUAAAUAUGACUUAAUGGCAGGCUUUGGAAACAUUUUGGAACAUUACCAAGACAUUCCAAACUUUUUGCCCAGAAUGAAUGCUUUCUACGAUAUAGUAUAUAGUAAGCCUUAUACAAGAAUAGGAUCAUAUCUAGUAGGACUUUUUUUACCAUAUUAUAUAUACAGAAGAAAAUGCAGCAACUCACCCAGACUUAAUUGGGUAACCUUAACCGUGGGUUGGCUAAUUGCAUCUGGCAUAACUCUGACUUGCCAGUUUGGUUUGUAUCAUCGUGCCGUCACCACCGUUGGGGCUUCUUUCUACAACGCUCUCAGCCGAAUUGGGUUUUCAAUGGGAUUAGGAUGGGUCAUUUUUGUGUGUGUCAUUGGUCAAGGAGGAGUUGUGAACAGAAUUCUAUCAUGGAAGGCUUUGAUUCCACUGAGUCGCUUAACUUAUUGCGCCUAUCUUCUUCAUCCGAUUGUGGCGACAACAUACUCAUCUUCUGUGAGGACAUUCAUUAAUUUUAAUCAUGUCAAUACGAUCAUGUUAUUUCUUGGUUAUCUUAUUAUUUCUUAUGCCGUUUCAAUGGUGACAUCUUUGUUGUUUGAAUCCCCUUUGAUAAGACUGGAAAAACUUAUCAGAAAUAAAUCAGCCUCUUGAUGAAAUAUUAGGUAUUAGCUUGUGAAAAAAGAGAAAUCGAAAAAAAAAUGUAUUUAAAUAAAUUUUCUCAAAAAUAAAAUAUCACAUUUUUGUAUGAAUAUUAUUUUAACACGAAUAUAUAACUCUAAUAGCAAAUAAAUCUAUAUCUUAAAUUUAUCACAUUUGUUUUAAGAACAUUCUUUUCAUACGCAACAUUUUUUUUUUCUAUUCUCAAAAAAUCAUAAUUAUUUUCAUUGAUUGGGUUUGUUUUACAUCUU